AUGGUUCUCCUUGCUGAGCGAGCUGAUCCUGGAGAUGCAGAUGAGGCAGGGCUUUGCAUUGGGGAACGAUACAGGUACACCGGUGCAAUGCCAGGCGAUAGUCUCGAUGAAACGUUGAUCGAUGAUGGAGCAAGUCUGCAGUGCUUUCUCGCAACCUUGGACGCGCCUGCGGCUGAAGCUCGGAGCAUGCAAUUACACACCGGAACCACAAGCCGCAUCCACGGCGUCGUCAAACCUCCUGAACAUCCCUUCGGAAGGGUCUCCAGUGCUCCAGACCCAGGGCAGGAGGAAAUCGCUCGCCCAAGACGCUAA